AGGAAACAACAAUUCCCAUGAUGCAUUGCACUUACAGUGGCCACUGGACGGGGGAAGGGAAGCUGAGAUUGGAGGGAGAAACAAUCAGAAACUGAGAUUUGAAUGCAUGUGAGACCCCCCUCCUUCUGGCAAAAAAGAAGCCCACCCAAGAUCCAACUUCUAGUGGACACCUGCACUUCUUACUGGACGUGUCAUUGUUUCACACAACGCUGAAGACAACACAGUUUUGUUGCAAGUCAAUUAAAGUGUACGGCUAGCUCUGAGUCCUUAUUGGAUCCGUCUUGAGAGUCAAAGUAAGGAAGUGUCUGUUAUGAGGAGAGCUCAAGCCUGAAAAGCGAUGUCAUUAUCCAGCUUCUGGGCACCUCUGAUGGUGAUGAGGAGCAAACCCACUGGCCAAGCAGAUCUGCGAAGGGGAGGAAGUAGGGAGGGUUCCGGGAAACGUGCCAUUUCCUCUAGGCGGUAGACUGAUAUCUGCACAUUCCUCUGUGUGCACACUCAAGGUUAGACUUUUGGAGGAGAAAUAAUAAUCGUUGCUAUUCCAAGGGAAAAAAGAGAUGUGCACUACCUGGAUAUCUGUUGCCAGCUUGGUGAAGUCUAAUGUGACCGUGGACAUUUUAUGUAUGUGAGGAAGAAAAGAGCUAAAGCAGUCACUACACAUGACUAAAGAAACCAUGCUAGUCUUUGUAGCAGCUUUCCGGCCCAUCUCAGUCCAGGAUUUCACAAGCCUUUAGAGGCCACAAUCAGGAAGACGCUCGCCAGCCAACACUCUCAUAUGCAAUGGAAGAAGACACUGAUGUCACUUUCCACCUUGAGGGCCACAAUGGUUUGUCUCAUGAACCAUCAGAAGCGGCUACCAUUGGACACUUGAACCAAAAGCCUAUCAUGAAUGGAUUGAUUAUCAGUCAUAAUGUCAAAGACCACACCAACGGCAAUGCUCCCCUCACAUCCCUGCCGAUUUCAGCACUGAAGCAGAAUGGUCUCCUGCAAAGUCUAGCAGCAGGAGGGGACCAGCCUAAACCUGCAGAUGAAAAUGUGGAGUUGGAAAAGGCCAGACAGGAGUGGGAAGCUUUGGAGAACAUCCAACCAGCUAUCACUGAGGACUCGAACCCUACGCCACUCAUCUCUUUCAAUGAAGCCCUACAGUACUUCCAGACUACAGAUCUCGGGGACUUGCUUAAGAACAUCCAGCCAACUAUUCGCAGGACAGGUCUCGCUGCUAUCACACACUUUCUGUUUGGACCCCCUCGACUGCAUAGGGAACUCCUGGAGGAGCGAGAUCUUGUCUUUGCCAUUGCGCAAUGCCACGUGGACAACAGUCAGACAGUCCACAUGCGAGUUCUCCAAACCAUUUAUAAAAGGCUCAUCGGCUGCAGGCUCGACUGUCCUCGUUAUGGGACGCACUGGGAAAACAUUGGCUUUCAGGGUACAGACCCAGCCACUGACCUGCGUGGCACUGGUUUCCUGGGACUUAUGCACACUCUGUACUUUGUGAUGGACCCAGAGACUCUGCCAUUGGCUCGAGAUAUCUACAAGUUAUCUCAACACCCUACUCAGAACUUUCCAUUUAGUGUGAUGUCAAUCAACAUGACCCGCAUUGCUCUUCAAGUACUCCGAGAAGAGGCCUUGUCCAAGGAGUGCAAUCGUCGUCAACAAGUGGUUGGUGUGUUGAAUGAGUUUUAUGUGGCCACAUAUCUGCACCUGUACCAACUGUGGAAGACCCAACAGAAAACUAUUGCUGACUCUGGCUUUGUACUAAAAGAAGUGGAGCUGUUCGCCAAAAAGAACCCCAAGCAGAUGCUUCGCCGACUAGAGGUCUUCCUGAAAGAGAGGCGGGCAGUUGGAAUACCCCGUGGGAUGUCGCCAGAGCCACAUGCUCAGCAGCCUUCUCCCAACCUGGGAGAGCGAGUGGCCAAAGUUGCGACAGCCCAGGGAAGCAAGGAAAAGGAGAUGCAUUUUACAGGAGUGUGUGAUCUAACCUCUGACAUGGAGGGCAACGCCAGACUCAUCUAAGCUAGAGUCGGUGUAUGUGAGGGUGCUGUAUGUGUGUGUGUACUGUAUCUGUUAAGUGUGAGUGUGUAACUUCCUCCCAGAGAGCUAGCUGAAGAACACUCAACCCUGCUACCAAUCUUUUCAACAUGUCCCCCCUUCCUGUGAUGCUGGGGUGCUGCACUUUUCUUUUUUUUCCGAGGAGUGGGGGGGGCAGAGCUAUAUUAUUUUAAUUAUUUAUUUUAGCACAGAACAGUCAACUGUCAGGAAAAAAUGUUUUCACAAAUCAAGAAAGUGAAUGAUUGCACUUUUCUGAGAAUUAAGUAGCUAAAUGAAUAGCUGCCAUGUUCUUGUGGUCACAACUCCACCUGUUUGCAGUUGUGGACCUCAGCUUGCUUGUGUUGGCAUUUCAAAGAGACUCACUUGCACUCUACAACCCAUCUGUGAUGCAACGGAAGGACAUCAGGCAUAUUGUCAGCGCUAUUCACAGGGUCAAAAUGGCAGCACAAUAGGUCACAAGCAGGAACCUUUGAGCAGGGAAGUGGCUUCACAUUAGCUUGUCAUUGCAGUCUUUAUUCGUGUGAUUCAGGAUCUGUCAAAAAAGAAAGGACAUCCCAGUCCAGAGACAACAGACUGUCUAGGUCUGAUGGAAUAGGUCUACAGGUCCAUCAUUUUCAAGUGACAAAAAAGCUGUUUUCAUUUGGUCAAAAAAACUUUUGUCUGUUUCUGUUUUUUUUGUUGUUGUUGUUGUUGUUGUUUUUGUUUUUUUAUAGAAUUUGAAUGAAGUACAGAUUUUAGAGUCCUAAACCAAUACUCAGCUUUUCACCAUGAAAGCUCGAUAUGACUUAAGUUGAAGGUCUAAUAUAAGCUUUGUGGACAUUCCAUUAGUGAGCAUGUGAUGGUAUUGUUUUUGGCUUGUAAAGUGUGCAUGUGUGCGUGUGUGUGUGUGUGUGUUGAAAUGACUGAGCUGACAUUGAUGAGGUGCGCUUCUCCUGGAGGAGAUGUUUGGGACAGUAUGCAAUUCCAGCUCUCGAUGAUAAUCAAAAUGUCAGUGCUGUGUGACCUAACUUCAGGGCUUGUGUGCUUGUGCAAGUUAACAAACUUGUAAUGUGUGGUGAGGGCAUUUGGCAGUGGUUGAGUUGUCCGGCUUAGCCUCUUAAAGGCAGAAUAAAUGACCUCCCAUACAAAGUGUGCAUGUGUGAUUGCGUGUGUCUUGUACGACAGGAAGUGAAUAGGGAUGGGGUGCUUCCCUCCACACAAUAUAAGCCAGCUUUACGAAGUACUUGAUCAAGCUGCAAAAAUGGUACUUUCAUGGAUUUAAGGUGGUACUAAAAAUUGGAACUUAAAUCAAAUUCUAUAAAUAAAAACAUGGCAUGAGCCAAGAAUGGGUUAGGACUCCUCAGCAAAGCAGGUUCGUGCUUUGUGCUUGUGUGAAAGUGUCUCCCAUGGUUAUGGUCUCAAUCUGUAGCAUGUUCAGGUAGCACUAGUACUGUAGCAUCCUAUAGCCUCCUCUUCCUCCUUGGUAAAGCUUGUUGAUGUCAUGUCGCCAUUGGUCUGUCGUGUCAAUGAGUGCGCAAACCUUUAUACCUAUAGCACAUUCAUAGUUCAUCCCUCUGUAAAUACACAUUAGGCAGCGCAGCUGUUGAUCGGCGCUUUUGGAGAUGGCUUGACAUGUACAGUAAAUGAGCUCAACUUUGUCUUCUAAGAAGGUAACGGUAAUAAUGGUGCCUACAUCACAUAUAAUCAUGUAAGCUCAAGUGCUCGCCUACUGCUUUUGUUUGCUUUCAGCCUCAGUGCCACAGUAGCCACCUCCAUUCUUGCAUGGUAGUAGACCGCUGACCUCAGGCAGGUCACAACUACUGACCUACUCACGUUGUUACCAGGACAUCUCCAUUCUUCAUGGAACGCAGUUUGGCCAAUCGUUUGCAAGUGUCGUGCGACUGAUGAGGAACUUUGCACUGUUGUAGAUAAGCUAUGGGUCGUAUGCAAAAGAAACAGACACCUUCAGGAGCCAUACUGUUCAUUAGCGGCCACCUCAUCCAGUCAGGUUCUUCUCCUCAACCUCCUCGCUCCAAACAUUGCACCACACUGAUUGCGCGCUUUGGUUUUCUUGUAUUUGAAGCUGAGGAGCAGUGCAGUGUAUGUAAAUCAGGAAGUUUGUAUAUAGAGAAUAAUGAUUGUAAGAUGUAUGAUUGUAGGGCAUUAUACUAAAACACUCUGCUUACCUCAAGACUUGAGACAAAUCUCUCCUUUCUCUCUCCUGUUCAUUUGGCCUCACCGUAACUAUUUCUAUGUUCUCUUGUACUCUGACCUUCUCUCUCACCAAUUGGACUCAUAUAAUGUAUAUUCCGCAGCCAAAGCACUACAUAGUGGCAACUUAUCCAAGCAGCAGGUCCUUGUUAUGUGUGUACUAGACAUUUACAGUAUGAGCGCUAUACGGGCCCAUACGCACUCUGGUACACAUCUACAAAUGUACAAAAAGUAGCACUUUUUAGUCAACUUUUAAUUGACUUAUAUUGACCAUGUUGGAAUGAGCUGGUUUUCUUGUGGCUUCAGUGACAGUGGUGUAUAAUUAGCUGUGUUUUUAAGUUAACACUGAGAAACAAUUCAAGUCUUUAGAGCUACAAACUGCUCACCAUAUGAUUGUAAGGCUAAGGCUGUUAUACUGUAUGCUUUGGUCAUGGUGUAUAGCAAGUAUCCAACCGAGGCAGAGUAAGUGUAACCAAACGAUAUAUUCUACAGCAGCUGUCCUAGAUCAUAUUUUUGCUUUCAAAUUCUCAGUUGCAAAACCUAUAAGAAGAGAGAAAAGAAACAAACGGGUUUUUUGCAGGCUCUCAGAUGCUCUGAGAGGAGGUGCGGUCUAAAGUUCUGCUUACGAUCCAGCAGUGGCUCAGCAAAUACAAUCACGUCUCUCAACACCCUGCGCUUUAUACUGUAUGAAGCUGUUAUGCCGUCUGUUUUUGUCAUGUCCCUCAGAGCAUUUUAUGACUGUAAUUGAUUGUAGACGCCCUAUUUUAUACUGAGAGUUAUUUCAGAAUACAGUAUGUGCUGUUGUACAUUAAAUGUGUUGUAUGGAGAAAGCUAAAUAAAUGCUGUU